AAAACAGACGCCUCUGCUGGCCAAGAUGCAGGACACUCCGAAGGCCCUGACCGGUGACCCUGACAUCAGUAAGCACGAGAACAAAACGCAGAAGGAAGAGAUAAGAGAAGAGAAAUUUGAAAGUAUGAUAGCAGCCAAGCAGCCGUCUUCAGUUCACUUUUUCCCAAUGAUGAUAGAUCUGGACAACAUGCAGAUAUGGUUGUCAGAGUCACUUUCCAAUGAAAUGCCGGUCAGCUUCCAUCAGAUCACUAGCGCCCAGAACAGCGGUCUAACCGGAUCCUCAGCAGGACCACUUACUUCUAAAUCUACCAUCAUGAGCCUCUCCCGAGGAGAUACCAGCCUGGCAAAGCAGAGCUCAAGCUUCAUGGCUCCAAAGAAACACCUAAUGAGCUUUGACUCAGCCACACUUGUUCUGGGGGAAGGAGAAGAUUAUUUUCUUUCUUUGUUUGGAGACUCGAGAAAACUCACGGCACACUCUUCUCAAUCCGAGGAUGUCAUCAAACACUUGUCUGUGAUUCUUGAAGAAGUCGGCCAGUUUACAUCCAGUUCUCUCCAAGACAUCAAAAUAGCUGAUGUAAACGUCAAGGGAUUGUUCGUGCGACUCGUUAACUCUUCUGAAGGCAAAGAAGUGGAGAUUGGAAACCACAUUCUCCAACAGAAUGUGAACGGGCACGCAGUUUCCCUGUACCGAUUCCCCCACAAUGUCACGAUGCAGGCCAGUUCCACGGUGACAGUGUGGGCAGCAGCAGCAGAAGCAAAGCCCGAGCCACCAACAGACUUUGUUUGGGAGGAACAGAACAGGUUCCGAUCCAGUCCUGACUGCACGACGAUCCUGUGCAAACCCAACGGUGAGGCGAUCGCCUGGUACACUCCGAUCCACUGGAAGCAAGCAUGGGAGAAGUUAGAGACCGACAUUGAAUUUGAGAGAUGCUCAGUAGUGAUUCCAACAGUGAAAAGCCAUCUGUUUGGGUGGACAGUGGCAUCUGCGUCCUCCAUAAAUAAGGAAAAACAAGAGUCAGCAAAGAGAGAGUUCUCCCAGUACCAGAUAGGGCACACCUGCCCUGCUCUUAAAAGAGAAAAGGAAAUCUCGCCGACCGUUUUACCCAACCGGAGUCCUUGGUGCCGCAGUCCCUACGCCUCUCCGCAUCCCUACUGUUCGCUCAUCGAAUCAGAGGACGCAGACUUUUCCCAGAGCAGGUUGGGUGCGCAGCCGAAGCCUAAGCCAGCCAAGCCUGAAUCAGCCCCAGACUCAUCCCUUCAGCGUUCCUACAUAAAUCUAAGAGAACGUCCAGAAAUCUUCUACCACUUUGGCACCAGUAUGGCUGAAGCCUUCAGCUUCAUGAACUGACUGACCAGCUUCUGAGUCCUUAGGCUCUUCCAUGUGCAGACAGCCAUUACUGGACUGCCCGGCCCC